CAUCGAGCCAUUUCUUUCCCACCACCACCGCCGCCGCCAUAUUACUUUGCCCUCCUACUUCUUUCUACUAUCUGGGCUCCUUCCCUGGUGAUCCAACACUACGCUGGCGUAACAGCCCGCCCGCUUCAGCUUCUUCUCGGAAACAAGGCAGCCCGCUCGUAACGCCCAUGAAGUCAGCCCUCGCAGCAGGAGUGGUCGCCGUCUCGGCCCUCUCCGCCACCGCGGGAGUAGCAGGAGCAGGAGCGGCGGCGACACAGCCAGAGGUCUACCGCGUCGGGCGCGAGACUCCGGAGCCGUUCAACAGGCACGAACCGGUCUUCGGCUACGACCAUCCCGAGCGCCCCGAACGCGACUGGAAUUCCAAGUUUCCGAGGCCGCUUUGGUGGGACAAGAGACUCCGCGACGAUUGCGUUUACCAAGGCAAGUGCUACUUUGACCAAAAGGAGGACUGGUGCUACUGCGCUAUAAAAUACAUCGGCAAGAAUAAUAGUCCCUUCAACGAGCUUCAGGUGCCGUGCAGCGAGGAAACGGCGCAUUGUUGCAAGGGGAAGGAGAAGAACUCCGUUCUUUGCGAAGUCAAGUACGACGACACAGUCACGGCCCGUGACCAGGAAAACGUGCGCUGCGGACUGAAAGGGUACGGCAAAUCACCCUUUACUAAGAGCUAGAGGGGGAUAGGGUUUUGACGAAGGGAAAAAAAAGCCGAGGUUGGGGGAGACGAAGUACGAUUUUGGGUUCUGGCCUUGCUUCUCUUUCUGCUCGUUCUUGAGAUGGCGACUUUGAGGGACAUUUGAACUCAUGAUCUUCAGAUGAAUGGGGCGUGUGUACCUGAUCUGGCGGAAGCUUGUGUUCUUGAUUCUUUACCUUUUGCCGAUCCAAUAUAACACGAUAUGUCUUGAA